AAAUGCUGAAGUGGGCAGUUUACAAAAAGAACCAAGAAGUCCGGCCAAACUCUGAAACAGAGACUGAAAACGGUGAGCCGUAUACCAACGGUCCUUACGAUACCAAAAUAAGGAGAUCUUUAGACGCACAAACUAUAAAGAAGAGCAAAAAGCCCAGUAGAUAUCAAAGGCGAUCAUUAGGAUCAACUGCUAGAAAAAACAACGUUAAAACUAUUGACAAAGAAAACAUCAACUAUGUAGGAAACACACCAAAUUAUUACAAAGAAGGUUUCGUCAAGAAACCUGAACUUUUAGCUCUUAAAGAUGUCAGUAAUAUCACUCCUACUUCUGGAACUCCAGUGAAAAAAUUUGAAAGGAGAAAGUACUAUUUAAAUGGUUCCAAAGGUGAUAUUCCCCCUGACCUACCGCCAACACCACCAACCUAUAGCAGAAGAGUCAGAGAAGCCAAGAAAAGGAAAUUAGAAAUGACUAGCUCUAACAACGAUAUCUUUAGAAGAGAUAGCUCGGCAUAUAAGUCUGAAAGACGAAUCAAUAUUGACAGAAAUCAAUUGUCUACAUCAAAGUUAAGCCACAGCACCUCUGAGCCCUUUUUAAGUGAGCUUUCAGAUAGGCUAAGUGCAACAACAAGCAAUAGUAGACAUUCUUUUGCUUUACCCAAAUCACAUCAUCCUAUAAGCACUACAAAAACGACUAGCGAAGGCAUUGUUGAAAUUGAAUAUGAUAAAGAUUUAGUAAUAAACUGCGUUGAAAAGCCUUUACCUGUCAGCACUGCUAGUGUAGAGAAAACAACACUACCAAUAUUUGGACACAAUAUGUUUAUGAAUAAUCCUUUGUAUUUCAACAAAACAGAAAGCCUAAUGAGUAUCAGACCGUUGAAGCGAACAAGGAAGAAAUCUAAUGAAUUUGAAAGUUCUUUCAAAUCUCCGUCAGUAGAUAAUAAAGAUACUCAUUCUUUAGUCAGAGAUGCAUGCUCCCCUGUUUCUAUAACACCUUUAUCUACAAAGUUGGCCGCUUUAAGGUUCAGUACUAUGAGUACACAUACCAAAUCCCAAAGAACAGCAUUCACCGACGAUGUUACCGAGUAUUUUCCAAAAAUAGAAAACCCUUUUACUAUACCUCUUAAAGAUGAAGAAUCCUCUGCUGAAAUGGAAAAUAAGUUUAUAUUAGGUAAAGAUUCUACGACCAAUGUGACAGAAUCUACGGUAUCUACUAUAUCCACAACUCAAAUGGGAGAUGUAACACUUGAAAAAAUGAUUGAAGAUAUUAUUAAAAGUACAAAAAUUGUAAAAUCUAGACGGAGAAUUCUGAAGAAAGAGACGGAAAAUCUUAAAACUACAGAAGAUAAAACUCCUCCAUUAGAAACAAUCAAAGAUAUUUUUGUUAACCCACAAGCAGAAAAUAAAGCCAAUUUAAUCAAAGAAGCGAGAUACGUCAAUCUUUCUAGAGAAAAUUCCAUUUCGCCAAAGAAUACCCCGACAAAAAAAAUGAUGCCAGUUCGCAGGGUCAACGAUAAGCUUUUGAAGAAUCUUCCAAUUGGUUGUUUUAUCUUAGAUGAUGGAGAUGGCUACAAUGAGAGAGAAGUAAGAACUCCAGACAGUUUUAUCGAAGAAAAAUCAAAAGAAAGGUCAAAUGAAGGGAGAAUUUCAACACUUAAUAGAUCGCAGUCAAUGAAAGAACCAGCUGAUAACGGGAACUUUAGGAAUGCAUCUACGGAACUAACACCCGAUUUAUUUUCAGCUGCAAGGGAAGCAAAUAUCCGAUUAAGAAGACAAAGAUGUAUCAGAAGGAAGAAAUCAACAGUCAGUAAUGAAAGCAUGAAACAAAAACUAUUGAAAUCUGAAGCAUCCUCAUUUCUCACUUUGGAAAUGGGCAUGCCAAGUCCUAUGACAGAACUGCAAAACGUUUCUCUCUGUGAACCUUUAAGUCCGGCUUUCAAUUACCUUGCACCUUCCCAAGUGCAAACCCACAAUGUUUUGAACAGAUCAAAUGUAUCACAUAGCAGUUUGAUGCCUGAUGAACAGUAUACCCAAGAUAUAAGGCCACGAGAACUUUUUGGGUUAACUUUAGAAAACGGUAUUCCAAGUCCUAUAACGCCUGUUCCAAACCUUAAAAGAUCUAGUAAUGUUUUGAGCGAAGAACGAGCGCAUAAGACUAGUAAAUUAGAUGAAGAUGUGAUACCUCCUGAUGCUUUUACUCCAAUGAUUGAACACAAAUCUUCAAGGAGAUGUCUAACAUAUUCUCCGGAAAGUAGCAUCAAUAGUAGUGCAGAGAAACGGAGAAGUGUGGCAAGUAAUAAGCUUGACAGAAGUACAGAUCGCUUCCAAGCUCUAAAAGGAACUAUAAACUUGGAAAUAAUAACAAAAAAUGACGUUAUAGACGUGCACGUGAUCCGCUGUCGAGAUCUGCAGAGAUCUUCUGGAAAAUCUGACGAUAUCAAUGCUUAUGCAAAGGUCGUCAUAAGCGGAGUAACAGAACAAUCAUUACCCUCUCAAAGGUCGAUAUUUCAAAGAACAUCAGUCCUCUACGGAAAGAGGGAGCCGGAAUUCCAGAGGCACCUGAAGCUUCCUCUGCCGAACACUAUCUAUGACCACCAGAUGAUACACAUCUCUGUAUGGCAUAGGGAUAAGAAGUACAGGCGGAGCGAGUUUCUAGGAUGCGUCUCGUUCCCUCUGAAAGAUGUUAUUAAGAGCGACGUCACGGGUAGCUACUUCCUGCAAGGGCGUCAGGCGGCGCCGGCGCACGGUCGAGACGUGACUGACGAUCGCAGAAAGAUGGCGACCGACAACACUGAGACCAGUACUAAUGAUGGUGGCAAAGACUCGCAGAAUGAUAAAGGCGCAGCAGCGAACGGUCCAUCCUCAGCUGCACAGGCGCAGUCGGUAGCCGCAGCUCUGCAACGUGAGGCCGAUGAGCAUCUUUUCCUGCGGUAUCUGGAGCUAGAUCCGCCUGAAGAUGCUACAGCGCCGAGGCGGGCACAACGCCAUGGAAGGACUCCGUUUACGACUACCAGAAAAAUUGUCCGUGGAACGAGUGGCGGUUUUGGUUUCACCGUGGUUUGGACCAGGCCUCCCAGAGUCGAGCGAGUAGCUUCCGGAGGAUCAGCUGAGAGAGCUGGCUUGAGAGCUGCCGAUUACAUCGUCUUUGUUGGGAAUAAGAAUGUCGUUAUGUCUUCGGAAGAAGAGGUCCGAAAUCUUGUCAAGAACGCAGGCCACACAUUGAUAAUGGAGACAUUUCGAAGAGUUCCUACGAACGGCGUAGGGAUCCGGACAAAAGCUCAAGUGACCUUACCAGCUCCGGAAUCUACGCCACCACCUCCUCCUCGUUCCCCUCGAGCAGCAGCCCUAGCUUCCCCAGCAACUCAUGCUCGGCCCCCAACUGCUUGUUCUUCAACUAGCCAGUCUCUUGAUAGGCGCAAGCUGCAUCUUCCCCAAGUGACAUUUUCAAAAGAGACUCCAGGCCUAUCUACGGACGGGCGAAAACGAGCUCUCCUAGCCGUUAUUGCCAGGGAACAGCACAAUGCUACCUGCCUACAGUUUGGACUGGUGCGCUUCGUCUCGCCUCUUGCGGAACGGGCCGAUCUAAUCACCCCCAACGAUCACCAACUGCUGUUCCAGAAUAUUGAAGAAAUAUUCAGGCUGUCAGAAGACAUCCUAGACCAAGUGGUGCAAGACGACGGCGAGAUCCAGACAUCAACAGUGGUCGCCGUCUACCUUCACAAGACCCCUGUGUUCCUUAGUCUUUAUAAGAAGUAUUGUCUAGGAUUGAAACGAGCUGACUGCGUCUUGGUGAAAAAGUCAAAAGAUCCAAGUGGUGCAUUCUCCCGCUUCUGUACAAGUCCACCCAUUCCAAGGAGAAGGCCAGAUAUCACGUCUUUGGUCCACAAACCACUAGAGCAGUUCCGCGAACUUCUGAGGUUGAUGAGGGCAGCCGCUGCUGCAAACGGGGCUGGGCCUUAUGACCAGCUAGAAAAGAAACAAUUGCAGGUCAUCGUGGAACAACUACAGAUGGGGUACCAAGAUGUAACAGCAGGUUCUGGCCUAAUGGGUCUAGCAGGAGACGGGAAGCCACUUCUCUCUGUGGCAGACUUAGAGAGCCGACUCGUGUUCACUAGGUGUAAGCCGUUUGUCUUAAGUACACCGGGCCGGCAAUGGAUCUUCGGUGGCGAACUGUCGAAGGUAGAAGGCAGAACUGUCAGGCCUUACUGGGCACUAUUAUUUAGUGACCUGCUCCUUUUUACAACUGUAUCUAGAGAUCGAGUGCUGUUUGUUACUGAAGAGCCAGUACCUCUUACAACAGUGUCAGAAGCCCAAUUUAAUGUUAGGAAAAAAGCAACGGAAUUUCGCCUUGUCCUUGGUAGAACUGGUGGCGAAAGUCCAUUGGUUUCCUGUGCCCCUCGGACUCCUGGAAGACGAGUUACAGUUGCUCUGCGAGCUCCAUCGAUAGACCUGAAAGCUGUAUGGCAGAGUUUACUACAACGACAGAUAUACCGAGCUCACACAAUGACAGGCACUCCUCUUGGUUCUCCGUUGGAUUCUCCUGAUCCACAACUCACGUUCUCCCUUGCAACAUUGGAUUCGCAGCAACGACAGACAAGGCGCAGCUCUGCUGAAACGCAGACAGGUGCGGGGGGAAGUGCAACAGAAGGGGCGCGGAGUUCCAGAAGUCGUGGGUCCACUUUACACUUACAAAGAUGGAUGACGCAGUUGCCAGAAACCGAGGAAAUGGACCCACCAGAACCGGACAUGGAGACGUGGAGUCUAGAAGAAUUAAGAAAAAGGUCCAAGGAAUUAAAUCUGCUAGAAGUUGCGGAUCUAAUAAUGCACCAUAAUGAAAAUAAAGGUGCAUCGUCAGGAGAGAAAAAAGAAAAUGAACAUAGCCCAUCCAAGAGCAGUAACUCUGGAAGUCAGAUAACAGUCCGGACGAGUCCGGUAGUCGUGGACACAAUACCUGUUUGCAGACAGUGUCAUAAAAAGUGCCUAUCAAAGCCAAACAGUCCUUUAAUUUCACAAAAAUCACCGCCUCCAGUUAUACCAGCCAAACCAAAACUGGAAGUUUCACCUCAAAGUUCCAACUACAAAAGACGUUCAACCAGUUUAAGUGCAAGUGCCAGUGCGUGUAAUGCGAACUAUGGUAAUCGUAAGCCAAAAAACUUUAGUCACUUAGAACGCAAAGGUGCUAUGAGAUUACGUCCCGAGGAUGCUCCUAUUGCAGCAGCAAAAGUCAUAGACUCUAUUGAACAGAGCCAAAAAAUGCUCAAGUCAAAGUCCUAUGAACUAAAAACUGACUCGCCCAUACUGAAUAGAAGCGUGCACACAACGUCCACAAAAAGUCAAUUGGAAUUAAGGAAAGACAACUAUAUAAGAUCGCCAAGUCCCUCGUCUAGCAGUAGAAAUAAUAGUCCACUGUCCACUAGUCAUACAACCUGUAGUUCUAUGGUUUUUAAUUCUAGUUCUAACGACUUAAGAAUGUCUAACUCUAAUAUAGCUAAUCAAGUGCAAUGUGUUAUAGCUCAAGAGAAAUAUUUGAAUGAAGUGAAGUGCGUCGAAAAUAUAACUCUUUCUAAAACAAAAACAUCAAUAACGAACUACCCAUCACCUGGAACAUUGAGAAAAGAACAAAUUACAAGGCAAAAAGCUGAGAAUGUCUUAACCAAAGUGCUAGGAAUAAAUAUUUUAACUAAAAGGGAGAACGCAGGAACAUGUUUGAAAACAUCGUCAAUUUUUUUAGACGAUGAUUCUAUACAUGAAGAUGAAAAUGACUUCAAAAUUGAUAGAGGGAUAAGAAAAUCCCCUCGAAUGGGUAUUUCGGCAGUUAGCAAAAUGAAUGGUGACAUAAAUAAUAAGAAGACUGAAAGAUCUGGAGAUGUCAACGCUAACGCAAUUACCGAAGGUUCGGAUGAUGAUUUAGAAUUGGGUCCUUUAAUGUUGAUGGGUUUAUCAGCGAUCAAUCCAGCUGCGCAUCUUAUGAGGGUAGAGCCAUUCAAGAAGACUUCAUCGACGAAUCCAAACAAUAUGAGCUCAAGACCUGAUAGCCUUGGUGCAGCACAAUCAGAAUCAUCUGUACCUAAUAUAGCUGUUGUACCUGCUACGCCAGAUUACAAUGCUACUAAUAAGACUGAUGACCUUAUAGAUGAUUCACCUGAUUCCCCAGACGCACCUGAAGACCUUCCUUACGUAUCACUGAAAAGAUAUGGAACAAUGUCGAGCCUCGAACGAUUUCCGUCCGAUGAGACUGAUGAUGGUAAUGUAAAACUGACGGAACCAGAAACAGCUGUUAAGCCUUACAUUCCAGUUUCUGGUGCAGGCGGAGGAAUAAUGGGGUGGACAGCCCGAGCUGGCUCAUUCGUAGUGGAAAAGAUGAACAUUUUCAGUUACACUGAAAGUGUUCCUAACGCUACGGUAAUUGUUAAACAACCAUCCUUUUUAGAGAGGUGUCUCGGAGUGAGUGAGUGGAAGUCAUCUCUAGGAACUGAAGAAGGUACUGGGGAAACCGGAGAAGGCAGUGGGGCGAGCGGAGAAGAAGCGUGGGGGACACCUUCAUCAGGAGACCUGUCAGAUAAUCUACCCGAUUCUGAACAUGGUACACUGUCCUCACCAACAAAGUCAUCAUCGUCGUACGCCGGUGAUGAUGACACAGAGCUUAUGAUGGACGAGCUGCUUAUGGCUCCAACGAUCACCGGACCCACAACACUGCGACCACUUCUGCCCAGGGAUGUUUUCAGGAGAAGACUGGAACCCCUCCUCGAAGAGGACUGCUCCGACAGUGGAAGCGAAGAUAACAAGCCAACCCCUACCAACUCUGAAGACCAGGGCAGCGGGCGUGGCCUCGGUGCUGACGACUAUUGCGACGCGCCGCACCUGCCGCCCUCUGCUUCCGAUCCAGAAGCAGGGGGCGGGGGUGCGGGCGGCGCAACAACUGCGGGCGGGGGGCACGGUGGUGGUGCCGCAUUCGAGCUGAGCCCAGACCGGACGCCCACCAACGAAGCACCUUCGAUGCACUUACAAUAUGUUUCAAGAGAGUUUGCGGAAAUGCGUGCCGGUGUUGGCGUUCGCCGGGACUCAGCCAGCUCAGCCAGCACGCCCUCCACACUCGAGCGUACCACCAUACACAACCCUACACCUAUGCACCAACUUUCUCCGGCUUCAGAGCCAACACCAGCAGACGACAAGUCUACCACUCGGCGAGAGGUACAGAAACCACCGACACCGGAGGAACGACUCAGUCCUCGAGCGGAGAUGAGACUGGCGCUCGACCAGGGGAAGGACAUGCUGGCAGAUCAGGAUGUGUCUUGGGGUGGCGGGUCCGACCCCUGGUCGUUUCGCGCAGCGUGCCAGAGGUCGCUGCUCCGGCGGGUGGCGAGCGCCGACGCGGUGACUCUGUGCCGCGCGCACCCACGGCGCACCGCCCCGCAUACUACUUCGCACAGUUCUGUAUAUGCUUGGAAAGUUCCAGAAAGCGAAGAGAAAAUUAUGGAGAUGGAGCAACUGGCACGAGCGGAAGCUCAGACGAUGCGUUCGCGGACGCGGUCUCAAUGCCAGAACGGGAAGAUAUUGGGUUUUCUACGCCGGCGCGCCUCAUCCGAUAGCCCCCGGCGCGAGCCGCUCUUGCUCGGCUCGUCCCCUCGCCCCUUCUCCCCGCGCCGCACGACUGAAAAACAAUUCGAGAAAAGGUUCUGGAAGCAAGUAACUAGAAGACGUCAAUCACUUGGCUCUAUCAGUCAAAUUUAAAGGGAUUUUGGACGUUAGGGCAAGUGAUGCUUAUCAAACUUUAAGUGUUCAAUAUCUUUCAGACAAUCUUGUAGAUAGAAAAUUUGAUGGACCACAGCAUAUGAAUUACAACCCCAGAAUUAUAUUUCAUGAAGCCAAUGGAUCUUUUCGUAACACCUGUAGACCCGUAUUUAUUAUUUAAUGACAUUCUAUAAAUCUACUUGUAAAUGAAAACUUGACUUCGACAAAGAAAGUAAUGAGAAGAAACGUGUGGAUUUCUAUUAACAGAUGUAUAACAAUUAACCCAGAAGUAAUUUUGUUGUAUUAGCCGUCAUCAUACUAUUUGAGAUAAUGAGACAUAAAAGAAACUGUCAAAAUGCCAAACAAAAUUGCCGUAUAAACAGAUGCCAAAGGAAAGGGACCUAAAGAUUAUACUCCAUAUCGUGACUGUAGCUAGAAGAAACCACAAUUGAAAUAACAUUUAUUUGUUAACAUAAUAAAUUAUGAUUCGAGUUUUUCUGAAUUCGCUUCUUCAUUCAUCUCAAGCAUUGACUUACAAAUAAAUGGACGACGGGUCUAAUACAAA